AUGGCGCUGCCUAUUAACGAUGCGCCCGUGUCCCUGUCCCAGCCAGCACCCGCCGGACCCAUCCCCACUACAGCCUGGCAUGCUUACUUCUCAUACGGCCUAGGGCAUCUCGACUACAAUGGUCUUCUAGAACAGCGAACUCCAUGCAUCCGAUCACUUCGGCAUCAGUGGAAUGUUAAGAGCCAGUCCUUUUUACAGCCUCCCGCAGCCCAGGGAGUGCCGCAAUUGAGCUCCAACUAUGAGAUCAACGAAACCGCGACAUUUCCAUACCCUAAGGCUUAUCGAGAGGUUAUGUUUCCACUGAACCCGAUACCACGAUGUGAUGAAGAGCAUGGAGCUGCAGAUGAGGAGAAUUCACCCACACAGCAAGAUGUACGACAGGCGCAAGCGGAGAGAAUUGAAUGGAAGACGAGCUUUUCGACACCUAUUUUCGGCGUCGCGCGCACCUCAGCUAUUGAGUUUGAGUCACGCAUACAGCCAACAUACGUCGUGCUGGGCUUGUUUCUCCGCGGCUAUCCUAAUCCAAAGGAGAGAGUUGUGUUUGUCGAUAAACCGGAAGAGCUCUUUUCCAAGGUUCGCUGGGUGACAUUCCGACUACGUGGAAUGAGAGGGACUCUUUUGUCGCUAAAACAUUUGAAAGGGUUUAGACUUUACAAGUGCGAUGCAGAUACAGGAGCGCAUACACGUGUCAACCUCGAUGACAAUGGAGUCGGCGACUUGCAGCUGUUCAUGAGUACCUACAGAAAAUGGCAUGUUCCUCGACAUAUUUCCUUAGCCUGGUCAGACUGGAUACAUUGCACCCUGAACAAUAAGAGACUUGACAUACUCGAAGGUGAAUAUGGCCUUGAGCUGGUUCUAGACUGGUCUGUUACUCGCAUCUCGAUAGUAGUACUUGUUCCAGUAUUGCUAAGCUUGGCAAUUGGUGUAUGGCUCAAUUCAAAGGCGUGGACCGAUUUGGCAACGAUACAGACUGCUUGGGGUACAGCUUCAUAUAUCGUCACUGCUGGCGCUUUACUCGCAGCGAUGCUGGGCUUCUUGGACAUUGCGGAUAAAUAG